CGAUCGCACUCAUCAGGGCAAAAAGGGAUCAAGAUCUGUAUAUCGCCGGCAUGGGCACCAGUUUCGCCCGCAUGAAAACGAGGGAGUGGAAGUGGGAGGACGUGCGGGCGAGGUUGCAGACGAUGGGCGUGACGAGGGAGGCCGUCGACUGCAGGAAGAAAUGGGACAACUUGAUGCAGCAAUUCAAGAAGGUUCACAAGUUCCAGAACCUCUCCGGCGGGAAGGACUACUUCAAGCUUGCUUCAAAGGCCAGGCGAUCGGAGGGCUUCAGCUUCGUCAUGGACCGGAGCGUGCACGACGAAAUGGAGGCCAUGACGAAGGGGGAUCACACGAUCCACCCGAAAAAUUUGGCGGUCACGGGGGCGGCUGGGGGGGUUCAUAUGCCGGCAGGCGCGGGGGCCGGAGGGGACACCAUGGGCAGUGAGGGUGGAGGGGAGGCAACCGACGAGGAGCAGGGGUCGACGAAAGACUCCACAUUCAGCGCGGGGAGCGGCUACGGUUAUGGGAAGAGGAAGAACAUGCGGCAACAAACCUUUGAGGCCGUCGCCGAGGAGGUUGUCAUCGACGUCGGCGACGAGGACGACGAGCCCUUGGAAAGCCAUAGGAAGCGCAAUGUCACACAAGGCGCCACGGCGACGACAAUCAGGAUACGCGGCGCGACUGAAGAAAGGCCACCUCAGGGUGGCCUACCCUCCACGUUGUCCCAGCCCCGUCCGUGCAACACGGCUGCAAAGGGAGGCUCCAUGGAACGCGGGGGAGGGGAGGGGGCCCAGCAAGAAGAGCGCGUGGCGAGUGGGGUGGUGAUCGCUGGUGCAACUGCCGGGUCUUCGAGCAAUGUUGCUGCCGUGGCGAGGGCGAGAGAGGAGCUCGCUGUUGUGGAGCGGGAGGUGACGCGCGGCGACAACAAGGGUGAAAGAGAGGACGAGGACCGCCUUUUAAGCCGGGUUCGGAGGGGAGGGAUGGCGAAAGAUGUCGCCGAGUGUGACCGCCUGUGGGUUGAUGACAAAGCGUUCUGGACGACGGGGGAGGGGCGAAGAUUGUACAACAUCGUCCACGAAACACGGGAGUACUUUGUCGCCAUCGCCAGCGGGCUGCCAGCGCCCACCGUGUCCAGGAGUGUCGUCAUGCCGAAAUCCGCCACGACCCUGACAAGGAUUGCAGAUCCCUCACGACUGCAGCAGGCGAUCUUCCGCGCGACGACAACGGAGAAUAUUUCUCUGCGCGUCUUGCACAGAUGGGUCUUCAAGUCCGGGAACCGCCCCCGAGGAUACAAUCUCGCUUUCCAGUACGCGCUGGAGUCGGUGGCGACGGACAUUGCGUGCGUCAUGUGGUAUGGCGAGGAGUGGAGCAACGUCGUGAGCGCGGCCGUUUGCGUGCACACAAUCGACCUUAACAUGGACUUGCCACUGUGGUUUGCGGCCGCGAACAUCGAGGACAGGCCAGAGGACGACGACAUGGCGGCGCACCAAGAGUCGACCGUUAUAUGCAUCUCGCAUGCAUGUCGCGUCGCGUUGCAAAUGGGUGGCAACGUCAACGACGAGUUCAUCUCGCACGAUCUUCUGUCAAGGAUUGUGGAUUGCUUCAGGCUUUUGUGGCUGCCGGUAUGUGGUUGAUGCACAUGGCGGGAGACGAUCCGCGCAGCCACUACGAAGCCUUUUACUUCGCAAAGCUGGUCGU